AUGGCGUGGUACUCUAUUCUCCCACCCCAGCUCAUUCAGGUUGAGAGCUGGGCAGUUCGAAUCUUCUUCCUACUCGGCCUCAUCACCAUUGUUCCCUGGUGCGCGAUGAUCAUCUUCGAUGCUGGCCUCUACCUCUACCGAAUGAUUCUCUGGGAGUUCCCUCGGAUUGGCGGACGCGCUCGCGGACAUCAACGGCCACGCGCACCGAGCUUGACCGAGCGAGCGGAAGGACGACGACGCGCGUUAGGUCUUAAAGGUGUCGACAGCGAUUCGGGGGAUUCGAGCGAGGAUUAUCGAGGAGGGGAGUAUAAUGAGCUCGGGAGUUCUCAGAACAGGGAUGGUCGUGUUGAGAAGGAGAAUGUGGCUCAGGCUACAUAUGGAAAGGCGCAUUCCACGGAGGAUGGAGACGUAAAGCGAAGGACCUCCGCGCGGACAUAG